AUGGAUAGUCCUAUGGAAAAAUUUAUUCAAAUUUAUUUAACUUUAAUUCGUGAUGGUGAUGAAAGUGUUGAAACAAGUAAAUUAAGUGAAAGUUGUAGAAGAGAAAAACUUGAUAUGAAACAAGUGAAUGAGUGGAUUGCACUUUUCGAUGUAGACAAAGAUCAGAAAAUCACAUUUGAAGAAUUUUGUCGAGGAUUAGGAUUGAAACAGAAUGAAAUGCGCAUUGAACGAAAUCAUAUUAAAAGUGUACAAUCAGGUAAAGAACCAGACUUGCCAGAAGGAGUAAAAAUUAUUGCUUCAACAAUGCCAAAACCAAAACAAGUUGAAGUAACACAAUUAUAUAAAGAAAUAUUUGAUGGAGUUAAAAGAGAUCCUGAUAUGAAUAAAGUUGUAAAAACAUUCAAAAGUGAAUUAGAAAGACGUUAUGGACGUGUAUGGCAAGUGAAUGCUGUGACUCAUUCAUACUGGGCAAGUUUCUCACAUGAACCAUUCCAAUCAAUUCAAUUCCAAUAUGAAAAUAAGAUCGUUCUUGCUUGGCGUACACCAAGCAACUAA